AGUCUCGAUUUCCUUGAAGAAAAGGAGAGAUGGAGGGCGGGUCGAAGCAAUGGCGUUUUAAGGUGAAGAAGGAUCUGACUUCUACUGCUUCCAAUGUCACCAUAAGAGGGAUGCUUAAGAAGCUCAACGAGGCUAUUGAUGCGACCGACACAAGGCCCACGAUCCAUCUCGGACAUGGCGAUCCUUCUCAUUAUCCUUCCUUUCGAACGACACCAGUAGCUGAAGACGCCAUUGUUGAUGCUGUUCGUUCUGCUAAGUUCAACUGUUAUGCUCCUGCCGUCGGUAUUCUUCCCGCUAGAAGGGCAGUAGCAGAAUACCUGUCAAGUAAUCUUCCAUACAAGUUAUCUCCCGAUGAUGUGAAUCUCACCAACGGUUGCAAACAAGCCAUUGAAGUGGUUGUAUCGGUGCUGUCUCAGCAGCCUGGUGCCAACAUCUUGCUUCCACGACCAGGGUUCCCCACCUAUGAAGCUCUUGCUGCUUCCAAGCAUCUCGAAUUCCGACAUUUUGAUCUUCUGCCCGACAAAGGUUGGGAAAUCGAUCUUGACACUGUUGAAGCUGUUGCAGAUGAUAACACUGUUGCCAUGGUCAUCAUUAACCCUGGAAAUCCAGGCGGGAAUGUCUUCACUUACCAGCACUUGCAGAAGGUUGCUGAGACUGCAAGAAGGCUUGGGAUACUGGUAAUCGCAGAUGAAACUUACGGAUGUGUCGCUUUUGGUACUAACCCAUUUGUGCCCAUGGGUACGUUUGGAUUGAUUGCUCCUGUCAUUACACUUGGGUCCAUUUCCAAGAGAUGGAUGGUUCCCGGAUGGAGAUUGGGCUGGCUCGUCAUUACUGAUCCCAGUGGCGUCCUUAAAGAAGCCAAGAUUGUCGAGAGCAUUAAUGGCUGUCUCAAUAUCUGCUCCGACCCUGCAACUUUCGUUCAGGGGUCAAUUCCUAAAAUCCUUGAGGAUACAAAAGAGGAUUUCUUUAAGAAUGUCAUUGAUAUAUUAAGUCAAGCAUCGGACAUGUGUUAUGAGACAUUAAAAAACAUUGAUUGCCUUACUUGUCCACAUAAACCAGAGGGAUCUAUGUUUGUAAUGGUAAAGUUAAACUUAUCACUUCUAGAAGAUAUUGUUGAUGAUAUUGACUUUUGCUACAAGUUGGUCAAAGAAGAAUCUGUGGUUAUUUUACCAGGCAUCACUGUGGGAUUGAAAAAUUGGCUCCGAAUAACUUUUGCUAUUGAGCCAUCUUCUCUUGAAGAUGCCCUAGGAAGGCUAAAGUCCUUUUGCCAAAGGCAUGCUAAGAAACAGUGAGGAAUCACAACCAUUUGUUCCUGGAUCAAUCUCAUGGUGAUCAUCAACAUGAAGUUGAAGCCCAUGCUCCCUUUUAUUGCUGGUGUUGGUUGUGUGCUUAUUGUC